UAAUAAUAUCAUCUUCGUCAAGGAAAUCAUGUUGUUGUUCUUCGACUCUUCACAUAGCAGAUAAUGCAUUCAAACAUCUCAGAGUUGAUUUCAGUAUUUCGUACACGAUAGUCAGUCAUUUACGAAAAAGAGAGAAAGUGAUACAUAAAUACAAACCAACUGAACUAUUAUUUAUUUAAUUGAUAAUGUUACUAAAUAUAAUAAUGAUUAGUGUAAGUAAAUUGUUUUAAAGUGCGUUUUUGUCCAAUUAUUAAGAAGAACGUUAGCAAUGGCUUCAAGUUUUCUUUAUUGGUUGUUGUUUAUUGUUUACACCAGUGAUUUUGUUUACCCUUUUCCUACCUUUGAUGAAGACAAUCCCUGUGAUUAUACGAUAGGAACUUGCAUAUCAGUGAGAAAUUGUCCUGAAGCGGUAAAUGCUUUAAAAAGAGAGAGGCGGCAUAGUUUUCCUCGAUGCGGUUUCGAAGGUUUCGAUGAAAUUGUGUGUUGUCCUCGUGGUCAGUCUGCCCAAGUUAGAACGGUGAAUAAUUCAUCGAACUCUGAAGAUGAUGCCGGAAGUGAAGAAGUAACGUCUCCGUCUCCUAAAACAACAACGAGACGUCACACCACAACUACCGAAUCGAAUAGGAGUCGUCGACCCAGCAAUAGGAACCCGACGGUUAGAAAAAGCGAAUCAGCAUGUGAAGAAUUGUCUAACGAAAUACGCGCUCAGGUGUCACUUCAAAUUUUCGGCGGCGAGAACGCUGAACCUGGGGAAUUCCCCCACAUGGCAGCUAUUGGUUAUGUAAAUGAAGAUGGUAACGACGAAGUAGUUGAAUACAAAUGUGGCGGAUCACUUAUUCAUAAAAAGUUUGUAUUGACUGCUGCGCAUUGCCUUGUUGCUGACACUACAAGUAAACCUGUGCACGUUCGUUUGGGAAAGAUCGACGUUCAUGGAAAUUCAGAUAAUCUGGUGGCUGAAGAUUAUAGAAUUUCGACUACUUUCAUACACCCUGAAUAUAAUCGUCGAAAAAGGGAACACGACAUUGCUCUGUUACGUUUAAAAAAGCGGGUCAAGAACACUGACUACAUUCAUCCAGCUUGUCUCUUUACAAAACCGGAAAAUCCAGAAAAAGUUAUCGUCACAGGAUGGGGCUCUACAUCUUACAAUGACUAUAAAGGAAGUAACGUUCUUCAAAAAGCAGUUCUUCAUUCGGUCCCAAACACACAUUGCAAUCAAACGUAUUUCUCCAGAUUAUCUCAAGUGAUAACCCCAAGUCAAUUAUGUGCUGGCUCAAAGGAUGCAUCGACUGAUACAUGUCAGGGAGAUUCUGGGGGUCCUGCGCAAAUAGAAAUUUCUGAGGGUAAUAACAUGUACUAUAUUGUUGGAGUUACUUCGUUCGGAGCAAGUUGUGGGGGGAAAGUACCAGGUGUGUAUACGAGGGUUAAUAAACAUUUAGACUGGAUAGAAUCGAUAGUGUGGCCGUGAAAAGACAGUAUUUUUUAAAUAAGAUUUUAUCAGUUCAUCUACGAACAAAAACAAAGAAUACUCAAAAAGUGCUUUAAAGUGGUGCUCAUUUUUUAAGAUGUUACGAUAUAUUUAAUUAUUAGUUGCUGAAUUGUAUUUUUAUAAAAUAAUAAAAAAAAGACGACCUUUUGUAAAUAUAA